CGCGGAGUCAGCGCAGCCAGGGAUGAGAAACUUGUCCCGGAUAUUUACCUAACUAUACCUGGCUCUUCCGACGCGCCCGACGUCUGUACAGCGGACAGUUUGAGGAAUAUAAUCUGUCUCUGCAGCGGGAAAACUGAGAAUCAGACUGAGACAGGCCGGCCUGGAUCCAUUAAUCAUUCACCUGGAAACCAAGACAGGACAAAUGUCCCCACUCCGUGACGAGCUCAGGGCAGGGUAUUUGUCUUGAGAGGGAGGGAGAGUUACCGUGGUAACACAGACAUGCCAAAACUGGACCUGCUUUGCCUGGUUCAGCUGCUGGACGGCACUAUCGAAACCUUCAGAGUCAGCAAGCAGGAUGAAGGUGUUGUUCUGUUGGACCUGGUAUGCGACCACCUGGGCCUGCAGGAGAGGCAGCUCUUCAGUCUGCAGAUCAGAGAAUCCAGCACAGCCAUCGCCUCGAUCACAGCCAACACACACUCUCCUAGAUGGCUGGAGCCGGAGAAACCCUUGAAGAAGCAGAUAAAAGGUCUUGCAUCUCCCUUUUAUCUGAACUUCAGAGUACGAUUCUUCAUCUCUGAUCCUAACUCUCUGCAGCAUGAACAGACAAGGCACCUGUACUUCCUCCAGAUCCGGAGUGACAUUAGAGAAGGACGGUUGCAGUGCCCGCUGAGUGCAGCUGUAGUGUUGGCCUCUUACGCCGUGCAGUCGGAGACGGGGGAUCACUGUCCGUCUCGAUACCCUGGUUACCUCUCCAAGUGCUUCUUCAUUCCUGAGCAGGAGGAAGACUUCCUGUCUAAAGUGGAGGAUCUGCAUCCACAGCACAAGGGGCUGAAGCAGAGCGAGGCAGAGCUGUGUUUCCUCAACACAGCACGGACGCUGGAGUUAUAUGGAGUGGAGCUGCAUUCUGCAAGGGACACCAACGACGCCCCUCUGAUGGUGGGUUUGGCCUCCAGUGGUGUUGCAAUAUUCUGUAAUAUGAUUUGCUCCAGUUUCUUCCCUUGGGGGAAUAUCAUCAAGAUUUCAUUCAAAAGGAAACGCUUUCUUAUACAUCUGAAACGUAAACACGGGGAGACGCAGGACUGUGAGGUGUCUCUGGUUCUGCCCUGUCCCAAGACCUGUAAGAACCUGUGGAGGUCCUGUGUGGAUCAUCACUCUUUCUUCAGCUCCAACCGGACCGCCAGGAGCCCCAGAAACAACAACAGCACCGUUCAGGCCUACAAAAAGCUAAUAACACAACACCUGGGCCUCAGCAACACUACAACUGAGAGCGGCCCAGUGGGCCAGCGGGUGGUGGGGGGGAUGGUGUGGAACCCAGUCCUGCGGAGGUCAAUUUCGUCAGAUCACCUAGAGACCGUGAGUCUGCCGUCUAGAUCGCCCCCAAACACCCCCAACUGGCGAAGUCCACGAGUUCGCCACGGCAUCCGCAAGCCCCGCCCAUCCUCAGUUGAACUAACCAAUGACAUGAAAGACAUGUCGGAGGGGGAGGACGUCUUCUACACAUACAGGGCGUCUGUGAGCAGCAGCAAGGACAGCGAGGGAGACAAUUCACCGCAUCACGGUCCUGGCUCUCCCAGCCAUGAUGAGGCUUCGAUGCAUAUUGAUGGCAGUAUAGGAGAGGACGAUGCAGAACACAGCUCACAACACUACCAAAAGGGGGCUCUCGGCGACGGGGACUUGAUGCUGUUAUGCAUCGCCCCCGAUCACGACGGCAAGUUUGGCUUCAUUGUUAAAGGUGGAGUGGAUCAAAAGAUGCCUCUAGCCAUUUCCCACGUAAAACCUGACUCUCCGGCAGGUCGAUGUGAGCCUAAACUCCUGGAGGGAGACCUGAUAGUGCUCAUCAAUGGUCGAGACAUUUCUGAACACACACAUGAUCAGGUUGUCAUGUUCAUAAAAGCCAGCCGAGAGUCACACUCCAGAGAGCUGGCUUUGCUCAUCAGACGUAAAGGUCCUGGCCGGGUGGCACCCCUGCUGCAGUUACCUCCCGCCCUCACGCUCACCUGCCAAUCACAGGGAGGCCGACCCUCACCUAGUCCCUCUGAGCGGGUCACAACACUGGAGGAGUCAAUGAGACAGCUGGAGAGAGGAAUACAAUCUGGCACUCUGUGUUUCCAUUUUGAGAAUUUAUACAGGAGGAAGCCUGGUCUGACACUAAACUGUGCUCGGCUCUCUGAGAACAUGGACAAGAAUCGAUAUAAGGAUGUUUUACCUUACGAUGCUACCAGAGUGGUGCUCCAGGGCCAGGAGGACUACAUCAACGCCAGCCACAUCACGGUGGCACCCCCAGAGUCUGGUGUGUGUUUACGUUAUGUCGCAGCUCAGGGUCCAUUGCCACAGACCUGCACUCACUUUUGGCAGACUGUUUGGGAGCAACAGACGCACACCAUCAUCAUGCUAACAACUCUCACCGAGAGGGGACGGACCAAGUGCCACCAGUACUGGCCGCAUCCGCCGGAAGUGAAGGAUUAUGGGCACAUGCGAGUGAAGUGUCACUCUGAGGAGUGUAACCUGGCGUAUGUGACGCGACAGUUCACACUGACACACACACAGCGGGGUGAGGAACGUGCAGUCACACACUUGCAGUAUGUCGCGUGGCCCGACCACGGCGUACCCGAUGAUCCUUCAGACUUCCUGUUGUUCAUCAGCUCGGUCAGGGAGAGGAGGCGAGGUGAAGAGCCACUAAUGGUACACUGCAGCGCUGGGAUUGGACGGACAGGUGUUCUGAUCACCAUGGAGACGGCGCUAGCUCAGCUGGAUGGGGGUCAGCCGGUGUUCCCGCUGGACAUCGUCAAAACUGUGAGGGAUCAGCGAGCCAUGAUGGUUCAGACCACGUGUCAGUUCCAGUUUGUGUGUGAGGCCAUUCUGCGAGUCUACAAAGAGAAACAGGAGGGAUCUUCAGCACCGUAGCUCGAAUCAGCAACAGGACCAAAACAGACACACUUCCAGUUUCAUCCUCAUCUCAUUGCAGGCAACUGCCACAGAGGGACUUACAGCGCUAUAGCAGAUUAACCUCUGCCACCGCCUGCCUGGUACACAGACUGGAUAAUGAGAGUAUAACCAGCUCCAGAGUACAGCUGUCUGUGUUCUGCGUAGCCUAUAUUCAAUGUGAGAGUAUGAAUCUUACACCUAGUCGGCCUUAGUGUUUGCUUAUGAAGCUCGUAGAGGCUGCGGUCUCCAUAGAGACUGAUGUAAUACUGAUGUGAGCUGCUCAUUUCUGUCCCCGAGGCCACUCAAGAAUGCUGCCUCUACUUAUGAAGCUAUGUGUGCCUUGAACUGAAACCCAAUGGAUCGAAUGGGGCGGCAGAGGCAGACCUGGAUCGUUGUAAUCGUUGUUUAUCUGUGUGUCCAAAGAUGAAGAGCAUGGCAGCCUUUAGAUCAGUACAGCAGAUACUGUAAGGUACAGCACAGAGGAGCACCAAACUCCACUCUUCAACACUGUUAAAUUAUUAAGACACUUAAUAAAUUCUGAUUUAUACUCA